AUGCCCAAGACGGCGUGCGUCGUCGGCGCCGGCCCCUCUGGCCUCGUUGCGGCAAAGACCCUACUGCUGCACCCCAAGGGCCUCUUCAGCACCGUCUGCAUCGUCGACGUCCAGGGCGCCGUCGGCGGGCUGUGGCCGUCCUCGCCCACCGACUCGCUCGCCCGCCAAGUCCAUCCGCUCAUGCUCGCCAACCAGAGCCGCCACACGAUGCAUUUUGCCGACCUGGCUUGGGACUCUGACGCCGAUGUCGUCCCGCGCGCCUGGCAGGUCGGCCGCUACCUGCGACGCUACCUCGACCGCUACCUCGAUCCCUGCCCCGGCUUCCGCCUGCGCCUCCGCACCCGCGUCGUCUGCGCCGAGCCCUGCAGCGGCGGCGGAGGAGGAGGAGAGGGUGGCUGGAACCUGGUCCUUGAGACUGACGACGGCAGCCGAGAGACGGCGCACUUUGACUGCCUUGUCGUCGCCUCGGGUUACUUUGGAAAGCCCGUCAUCCCCGCCCACGCCCUGCCCGAACCCCUCACCGUCCCCGUCGUCCACAGCAGCCAGUACCGCGAUCUCAAGAGCCUGCUGGGCACGACGCCUCCCCCUGCCAAUGGCCGCAUCCUCGUCGUCGGUGGUCAGAUGUCGGGCGUCGAGAUUGCCGGCACCAUCGCCUCGCACUUAUCUGCCGCCGCCAACGCGCCCGACGGCCAGUGUGCCCUUCCCGGCGCCGACGGCCUGACUGUCCACCACCUCAUCCAGCGGCCCAUCUGGGUUAUGCCCACCUUUACCACGCCCGAGCCCAAGGCCAAGGCUCCGGCCUUUUUGCCGCUCGACUUUGCUUCAUACAACGCAAACAACCGCUCCGUGCCGCUGGAAAAUACGCAGGGCCACAUCAGCAAAGACGCCGCCCGUUCCGUCCACGCCAUCUUCGAGCACACCCUCGGCACCGACCAGGCCGUCUUCUCCCCGCUUUUGCGCUUCGACGACAACGCCAAGGCCGAGCCCCCCUACUUGGCCGUCAGCGACUGGUACUGCGACUUUGCCCGGUCCGGGCGCAUCGUCCUGUCCAAGGGCAAGCUCGACACCCUCCGCGGCACCACGGCUGUCGUCACCUCGCCCGACGGGAUCGACGAGGUCAGCAAUGUCGUGGCCGUCAUCCUCGCCACGGGCUUCGACCCGUCCGCUAGCCUGAGCUUCCUCCCCCGUGACGCGCUAGACAAGCUGCACUACUCGCCGCAGCACCGUGCCCAGCCCUUGGCCCUGGCCUUUCACGGCACGCACCACCCCGACGUGCCCGGGCUGGGCUUCGUCGGCUUCUACCGCUCCCCCUACUGGGGCGUCAUCCAGAUGCAGGCCAGGUUCCUCGCCGAGCUGUGGUCGCACCCGGGGACGGCGUUGGCAGAGCCACUGCGGCGCAAGCUCGCGGCUGACGACUCGGUGCAGCGCACGCUGGCCCUGCGCAACGAUCCCCGGCUCUCCCAGUUCCCCAUGGGCGACUACGCCUGGCUGAUGCAAGAGUUCUCCGAGGCUCUAUCCCUGGAGCGCACGUCCAUCUCGCCCAGCGGUCUCCCGAUGCUCUCCUACAACCGCCAGCCCCUCGACAUGCUGACGCCUUCAGCCUACGUCUCGCCCGCCUCCAACGGCGACUCCGACUCCAAAGACGAGGCGGCAAAGUCGAGGCAAGACACACAUAAUGUGUGCACCCAGGGCCUCACGACACCGCGGUUCGUCGCCCGAGCUGUCUUCCGCAGCCUGUUGGGAACCUGGAAGCUGGAGCGCGACCUGAUCAGCAGGCUGCCGUCGCACCCCAGCGGGCACUUUAGCGGCACAGCCCAGUUCCUCCUGCGUGACAAGACGCCGGACGGGCUUCGGUGCGCUGGGGGGGCUAAUGAUGAUGGCAACGAUGGCGGCGAGGGAGACGAUGGCGGCAUGGAGUACCUCUACAUCGAAGACGGAGACUUCAAAACGGACGCGGGCUUUGGCUUUCGGGCCACUCGGCGCUACGUGUGGCGCUACGACGAGCGGCACGACGUGCUGAGCGUGUGGUUCGCCAAGACCGACGACCCCCGGCGAGCCGACUACCUGUUCCAUGAGGUCGAGUUCCAGCAGCCCCAGGGCGGCGGGUGGAGCGCCAAGGCGGGCCACCUGUGCAUCGACGACUACUACGACGUCAACUACAACUUUGCCUUUGAAGCCGUCAACCUCGCCGAGUGGAGCAUAGAGUACACGGUCAAGGGGCCCAAGAAGGACUACACGAUCCGGGGGGGUUAUAGGCGGUAG